AUCCGAUGUCAGAGUUUAAUAACAACUGUGAUAGAACGGUUCAUUAUAAUAUUGAUGUUCAUAGUAUACAGACGUGAGCCAGUGAGCUAGUGUUUUGUUACAAUGUUCUCGAAAAGUUUAUUAGUUUUAUUUCUAGUUUAUUUAUCAUUGGAAUAUUCAAAUGGAGAAACAUACAGCUCUGACAUCCCGGACGGCUACACUUAUUUAGAAGACACGCAGGCUAUGUACAAGUUCCACUUGGCUGGUGAGACUUGGUUUGACGCCAAGCGCGUGUGUGCAUCCGAGGGGGGCUCCUUGUUCUUCCCAGAUGAUAAUCACGAGGCUGAAGCAGUAGUGGCACUCUGGGAACGAACACAUCCUUCUUACGAAAGAUUCCUGCUGGGAAUGUCUGAACUGACGACCACUGGGGAGUUCAUGACUAUUGACGGCAAAUCAGUUGAUGAUGUCUAUAACAAAUGGAAGCCAGGCGAGCCGAACCACAUGGAUGGAAACGAGCACUGCGUGAACUGGCACAAGGGAGGUGUCAUCAACGACUGCCCGUGCGACUACAAGGACAGCUUCAUCUGCAAGAGGGGCCAAUGGAACUAUCUUUGUAAUAUGUCUAACGCUGACUACAUCUUCAACAAAGAUAUUGGUAAAUGCUACAAACUGCACACGACGCCGUUGGCUUGGUCCAACGCGUACGGCGUCUGCAGCAUGGAGCAGUCGCACUUGGCAGUGAUCAACAGUCAGAUGGAAGCAGACUAUCUCGCGAGUUUAGUAGCAGCUGCGCCAAUGCCGAAGGUGGAAGGAAACUACAUGAGAGGCAUAUACCAUUUGGGCUUUCACAACAAAUUCAAUGAAGGCUGGCGGACUAUCAAAGAUACACCGAUACAAGAAGAGUUCUGGUGGGGCAACUAUGAGCCGGUAGGACAGAACCAGUGCGGCGCUAUGUUCUUCAACGGGCGACUCAACAACAUUGAUUGUGAAACGAGGAGUCUCUUCAUUUGUGAACACGAACUAGACCCUUCCAGUAUUUCUCAAAUGUUCGAGAGUUUACAGCCAAAUCUUAUUGGCUAUCUAGAAUUCCAAUUAGUGAUACCCUUGGACAAGAAAUGGUUUCUACACACUUGUCUUAAUGCAAUUCGAUUAUUAAAUAAAUUACGUAAGUUAGUUAGCAACUUCAUUCCAUCGUGUAGUGUUCGAAGCAAUAUUGUGUCUGUGGAAAGUUAUGCUUGCUUAUUUACAACAAUGUUUUCUAUAACGACAGUGCUGUUCAUAGUGUACGUUUUAUCAGAUUUCACACAUGGACAAAGGGAUAAAAAGUUUUUUCGGCAAGACUACACAUAUUUAGAAGCGGGCGAUGGUUUCUAUAGAAUGCAAAGACUCCCGAGGACCUGGUUCAAAGCCAAGGUUGUGUGUGCUCAGGAAGGUUCCAGUCUGUUCUUCCCUGAGACCAAUGCUGAAGCCGAGGCAGUCUUAGCGUUCUGGCAGCACUGGUCGGAUGAUAUUGAUCGUACGCUCCUGGGGAUGUCGGACCUACUGGUCAAUGGAGAGUUUGUUACCCUCAACGGUAAACCAGCCUCCAAAGUAUACAACAAAUGGAAGCCAGGCGAGCCAAACGGUUUGAGCGGCAACGAGCACUGCGUCAACUGGCGGAGUGACGGUCUCCUCAAUGACUGUCCGUGCGAUUACAAAGAUUAUUUCAUUUGUAAAAAGAGCCUCAAGUCUCUAGAGUGGAACUAUCUCUGUAAUAUGCCUUAUAUGGAUUACACGUACAACAAUGCCACCGGCAAAUGCUACAAAGUUCACACAACUCCCGUCAACUGGAUCGGAGCCAGAGCAGGGUGUGACAGGGAGUUGACCACUCUAGCAACAGUCUCUAAUAAGGAGGAAGCUGAAUUUCUAGCCAGAUUAGUUGAGUCUACACCAGUCCCAAGAACUACAGAGAACUACUUGCGUGGAGUCUAUCAUAUGGGCUUCCAGAACAUAUUCAGCAGCGGUUGGACGAAAGAUGGAUAUCCAGAGGUACCAAUGCAUUUCGGUCCAGAGGUGUGGUGGGGAAACUAUGUGCCCAAGGGGAAUGGUCAGUGCGGCUCAAUGUUCUUCAACGGACAACUGAACACAAUCGAUUGUGAAAAUACAUUGAGUUUCUUCAUCUGUGAAAAAGUGACGACUCCGAGCAUACCUACCUAAUUAAUUUUUAAGUUAAUAAUCUGUUUUAAUUUGUAUUUAAGGCAUAUUAAAUAAAACUUUGCAUCUGAACUAUUCAUAUUAU